GUCUUGCAGUUGGGGAGGGGGUUCAACUUAAGCCAGACAAAUAGACUUCGCUCGACGACUUCAGAAGACAUGUCAUCAACCGUUGAGAUAACCUUGCCCAACGGGCUCAAGUAUGAGCAGCCCACAGGCCUAUUCAUUGAUAACGCAUUUGUCACUGGUUCAGGAGACAAGUUUUCUGUCAUCAACCCCGCGAACGAGGAGGAAAUCAUUGUACUACAAGGCGCCUCAGAAGAGGACGUCAACACCGCCGUCUGUGCCGCCCGUAAAGCAUUUGAAGGCGAGUGGUCGGAUUUGCCUGCAGUCGAGCGUGGGAAUUUCCUUUAUAAGCUCUUCGAGUUGAUUCAUCGGGACCGAGAGCUCAUUGCUAGCAUAGAUGCCUUUGACAAUGGCAAGACGUAUAUCGAAGCACUUGAAAUCGACAUUAGUUCUUCUCAAAAUGUGUUCAAGUAUUUUGCUGGGGCUGCGGAUAAGAUCUGUGGCCGCACUAUCGAGACAUCUCCUGCAAAGCUAGCCUACGUCUUGCAAGAGCCCUUGGGGGUGUGCGGACAGAUUAUCCCAUGGAAUUUUCCAUUCAUGAUGCUGGCCUGGAAGGUUGCUCCGGCUCUUGCCUGUGGUAACACUGUUGUCCUCAAGCCUGCGGAGCAGACACCUCUGUCAGCUUUGUAUUUUGGUAAGCUUGUGGCUGAGGCCGGAUUACCCCCAGGGGUUGUGAAUAUCAUCCCUGGGCUGGGACCUGUCGCAGGAAAGGUUCUCGCCGAACACCAAGACGUUGACAAGAUCGCCUUUACUGGAAGCACGGCUACCGGCCGCGUGAUUAUGAAGUCUGCAGCCACUAACCUGAAAAACAUCACGCUUGAAUGUGGUGGCAAGAACCCAAGCAUUGUGUUCGAAGAUGCCGAUUUCGAGCAGGCUGUCAAGUGGAGCCAUUCCGGGAUUAUGGGGAAUCAGGGCCAGGUGAGACAUUUCUCAUCCAGGAUCUAUGUCCAAGAAGCCAUCUACGACAAAUUCCUUACGAGAUUCGUCGAGGUGACCAAAGCACACCACAAGAUUGGCGACCCCUUCCAUAAGGAGACCUGGCAAGGCGCUCAAGUUUCGAAGGUCCAGUAUGAGAAGAUUCUGUCAUACAUUGACGAGGGAAAGAAGAGCGGAGCUAGGCUCUUGCAUGGUGGUGCCAGGCACGGAGACAAAGGAUACUUUAUUGAGCCGACUGUCUUUACCACGGAGGAUAUGACUAUUGUCCGGGAAGAAAUAUUUGGCCCCGUCGUGACGAUUUCCAAGUUCAGCACCCUUGAGGAGGUUGUUGCUAAAGCAAAUGAUUCCUCAUACGGUCUGAGUGCAGCAGUCUUUACAGAAAAGAUCAGCAAGGCGCACAAGGUCGCCCGAAAGCUCCAAGCUGGUAUGGUUUUCAUUAAUUCUUCGGGAGAUGCGCACUUUGGUAUUCCCUUUGGAGGAUGCAAGGCGUCGGGUAUGGGCCGAGAGUUGGGUCAAUAUGCUCUGGAUGCUUACACGCAAUCCAAGGCUGUGCAUGUGAACCUAGGAACUUAUCUGUAAAAUAUUCAGGAGACAGUAAAAUCUUUUAUC